CUUCCUUUUUCACUCUUUUUCUGAUUCCUAUUUAAAUUAAAAUAUGCUUUUAUUCUGUUUCUUGAGUAGUUAUUUUUUUUAAUCCAUAUAAACUACGAAGACAGUGCAAUGUACAACGAAGGGGAUUCAAACUUGUGACCUAGCGUUCACAGCACCUCAAUCUUGAUCAUUAGGCCAAGAGAUCCUUAGUUUUCUUGAGUAGUUAUUGCUUGUUGUUUAGUGCUGUGAAAUUCUGUUAAUUCUGUUGAACCAACUUUGAAUAUGAAUAGUGAAUACUAUUUGCCAACCAAAAGAAAGAAUCUGGAAAUUACCCAUAAAUGGUGUUUGAUUAAGUUAUAAUUAGCUAUUUGUGGACUUAUUACCAUAUAUGAUAUAUGCUUUGUGUUACACUAUAUCAGAUCAUGUAAAUGUCUGUUAGCUUAAAGCCUUACAUCAUGAAAUGUUGGAGAUUGUAAUAUUUUCUCGUUCCAUAUUUUGCAACACUUUGAAGAAAAAGCUCACUUUUUUAUUUUAAUAAAGUAUUGCAAGUAAUUCAGAACGGAGGAAGUAACUAGGAACGUAUAUUGUCUAUAUUACUGCCCUUAGCAGCUCUUUGAGCUUGCAAACGGAGGGGGAAGGGAGGCUAGAGGCGGUAGAAGCACGAAAGAGGGGGUGGAGAUGGUUAAUGGGUAGUAAUUACUAAGUAGUAAGUGUAAUUGCUUCAAAUCUUAAGUGCUAAUGUGCACUGCUGAGUGUGAGGUAUCGAGAGUCGAGACAACAGUUUCUUUAAUCUGUAAUUUAUGCUAAAGGUCGUGUUAAGAUAUGGUAAUUAUCCUUCACUAAUCACUACUUAAUGUUUUAUAUAUCUAGAAUAUCAAAUGGUUUUUUUGUUAUUCUUUUUGGAAUUCAUAGUAAAGGUUUCAUCAAAGAUAGUAUGAUAAAUUUGCUAUAUAGGGUAUUACGGAGUAUAUUUGAGCUGUAUCAGAAAAUGUUGUGGUUGAAUUAGAAACCUCGUGAGUUUCCUUAUCAUAGUUUUCUUAGAAUAUGGAAGUUGCAAUUCCUACGAAUAGGAAAUUAUACGCCCAUGGUGUGGUGGAGAAGAGAAUUAAAGAAAGAUAUACACACAAUUUAUGAUGCACAAGAUGGCUGGUGACUUAAUGGUGUAUGUGGUGUGAGCUCUUGUGUCCAUUGUUGAACCUUAUCGCCGUACUUAUGGUCGUGGAUCGAACAUGUGAAAUUAGUGUGGACAACGCCAAAAAGGAGGGACUGCGGUGUGGUAUGCAUGCUUGAGAUGGUAUUGCUCGAGCUGUAUCGUAUGUGCUCAGCUGUGUGGUUGUUUAACAUAGAGUUGCUCAAGUUCUGUGAUCAUUGCUCGCAUAGGAGUCUAAGAGACUUGUGGACAUGGUGCAUGAGUCAGUGGUGUUAGGAGACUUGUGGAUGCAGUGAAUGAGUUAUAUGACUUCUGCUCAAGAUGUGUAGCAAUUCAAGUAUGGUAUAUGUGUUAGAUUUCAGACAUUUUAGUUAUUUAAACUUGUAAAACACUCUUCAAAGAAGGAUGAAAAGUCAAGGGUAACCUGGGGCUACUGAAAGGCUCGAGACACUCCAUCUGUACCACCCCCUUUCUAUUGGCUUGCAAUUUGGCACAAUGUCAAGUAAAAAGCAAACAAACUGGCUAGCUCACAAUUGAAGGAGAACAAAAAUCUGACUACGAAUUCUAUGAUGAAAUAUGUACAGGUUGAUAGCUUUAGAGUGUGUAGUAUUUGUGCUGUUUCAAUUUAAGGAGUAUGUUAAUUUAAAAACCAAGGCAUUAAAGUGGGGAGGCCCAUUUUUAGAUGUAGUACUUAGAAGUUAGAAGGCCUUCUGUAAGGGGCCUGAAGUGUCAAGUUCUAAAUUGUUUUUACUGACAUGAGUACAAAUUUUUCAUUGUCUAAUUACUUUCUUAAUAGAUCAAACUUGUUCUUGACAUAUUCCGUGAUAUCAAGCUCUCAAAGCUUUGGUUGGUAUGUUAGAAGUUAUGAAGUUCCUGCUUCACCUGUUUCAAAUUAGCUGCAACAGGGGGGGGGGGUGGUGAUGAGUUUUAAGGCUUGCAUAUUAAUUGGAGAGAUAGAUAGAGAGAAAUGCAAAGAAAGCUGUGUGAUGAGGCGAGAGAUGGAGAGGACUGAUCACCAAACAAGGUGGUAGGUAAUUGUUACCAAUUUGACAGCGUCUGAUGGCCAUCGACAACAACUUGAAGGAGUUCCUACUACCUGAACCCGUCAAUCGAAAGGAUGCUGUCAAGAGGAGAAGAUUUCGUCGAUCAAAGAGUGCACCUCGCGCUGAGCACCUUCCAGGAAAAGUAAAUGGCACUGGCAGUGCUGCCUGUGAAACCGGAACCGAAUCUGAAUCUCUGUUUGGGAAUUUGCAUCCUAGUUUUAUAAAAAUUGCUACAUAUCUGUUCAUUUACCUAGGCGUUGGCGUUGUUUCCUUUUACUUAGUCAGACAUCACAUAGUUGGUAAAAAAACAAAUGAUGUAGUUGAUGCUCUUUAUCUCUGUAUUGUCACUAUGACUACAGUCGGGUAUGGAGACCUAGUCCCGCAGAGUGUACUUGCAAAGCUCAUGGCUUGUGCCUUUGUCUUCUUAGGCAUGGCUCUGGUUGGAUUAGUUCUUAGUAAAGGAGCAGAUUACCUUGUUGAGAAGCAAGAGGUAUUGAUCGUUAAAGCUUUACAUAUGAGACAACAACUUGGUCCAAGCGACAUUAUGAAGGAAAUUGAAACGAAUAAAACUAGAUACAAGUUCAUCUUGGCAUCAGUAUUUCUCUUGAUACUCAUCACAACUGGAUCAAUCUUCUUAACAUUUGUUGAGAAGUUGGAUUUUAUAGAUGCCUUUUACUGUGUGUGUUGUACCAUCACUACCCUGGGUUAUGGAGACCGCAGUUUCUCAACAGAGGGAGGUCGUAUAUUUGCAAUUGUUUGGAUUCUGAUGAGCACAGUUUGCGUAGCUCAGUUUUUCCUCUAUCUUACUGAGCUGACCACUGAAAGGAGUCAAAAGUUCCUGGUCCAGCGUGUCCUAACUCGGCAUAUGACCAAUGUGGAUCUUGAGGCAGCUGAUCUUGAUGAUGAUGGAGUCGUAGACGCUGCUGAGUUCAUUUUAUAUAAGCUCAAAGAGAUGGGCAAAAUUACUCAGGAAGAUAUAUCAGUUGUGAUGGAAGAAUUUGAAGACUUGGAUGUUGAUCAAUCAGGAACCUUAUCUGUUUCUGAUUUAGCACUAGCUCAGUCAUCUUCACAAGCAAGACUUCCGGCUUCUGGCCAGGAGAGACCUAUUUGACAUUAUUUCUGAAUAUAUUCUAGACUUUGAUUUGUCUAUAUCUCUGUGAAUAUUCAAGAUCAUAUCUCGACUGUGCUGUAAGUGACUUGAUCUCUGAGUAUCAUCGUGCUUCUUAGGUCACAGUUUCUUUGGAUUCACUUGUUCCUCGGCACAUUGAUGUUGUCUUUUGGCCAUGCUCUAACCAUGGUAUUGUUUCAGAUUCAUGGCCCUACUUUCUUUUAGCUCAUAUCUGAUGAUGUAAAUAUGAUGUUGGUAAAUUUUCUUAGCUUUUGUAUACAGACCUGAUAAUGUACUAUGGCCUAUAGCCUAUGCCCUACAGGUAUAAAGUUGAAGUACAUAAUAUUUCAUGAUUAUGAUUCUGUUCUAUAGAGAA